CAGAUGAAGAACAAAGAAAAGGGACAAAGAUGACACAGCUUUCUUCAAUAUUAAACACACCUCAAAAGGAUCUGGUAGAAGAAAAGUGCUUAACUGAAAAAUACACACAUCUCUCCUGCAAGAAAGUCUUCUGCCAACCAUGGCAGAAAUGCAUCGAUGGGACCUGUAUUUGUAAACUCCCUUAUCAGUGCCCAAAGAAUGGAACCCCAGUGUGUUCAACUAAUGGGAAAACCUACCCAACUUACUGUCAGCAAAAGAGUUUUGAAUGUCUUCGUCCAGGAGCAAAAUUUUUAAAUAGCGGAGCAUGCACAGCUGAAGGACAAUUUAGUGUUUCCAUAAAGUAUGGAAAUAUCACUUCAGAAGGAAUUGUUGAAGUAAAACUUGUAGAUCAAGAUAAGAAAAUGUUCAUAUGUAAAAAACACUGGAGCAUAACAGAGGCUAAUGUGGCCUGUCUUGACCUUGGAUUUCAACAAGGUGCUUUUGAUAUUCAAAAAAAGUUUGAGGUUCCUGAAAAUCUCUAUUUAAAUUCCACUGAAUGUCUCCAAGUGCGUUGUCGAGGAUUAGAGACAAGUUUGGCUGAAUGUACUUUUAAGAGAAGAACUAAAAAUGACAACAAUUUCGCUGGUGUGGUUUGCUACACACAGAAUGAAGCUCCUCCAACAAAUGACUCCUUUCACUGUGUGAACGGGAAAUACAUUCCUCAAAAGAGAACCUGCAACGGUAUCAAUGAUUGUGGAGACCAGAGUGACGAACUGUGCUGUACAGGAUGCCGAGGCAAAAGUUUCUUCUGUAGAUCUGGUGUUUGUAUUCCAAACAAAUAUAAGUGCAACGGUGAGGUGGAUUGCAUUACAGGAGAAGAUGAAAUUGGUUGUGAAGGUAAUUAAGGUUUUGUGUCAUGGUCCCAGGAAGAAACAGAAUUUUUGACUGCUGAUAUGGAUGAAGAAAGAAAACGGAUAAAAUCAAUUCUCCCUAAAGUGUCCUGUGGAGUUAAAAACAGCGUGCCCAUUCGAACGAAACGAGUCGUAGGAGGAAAGCCAGCAUACAUGGGAGACUUCCCGUGGCAGGUGGCAAUUAAGGACAAUGAGAAAAUCAAAUGUGGAGGAAUUUAUAUCGGAGGGUGUUGGAUUGUAACUGCUGCACACUGUGUCAGCAUGAGUAAAAUAUACCAUUACCAAAUAUGGGCAUCAUUUCUAGAUUCGUUAAGACCUGAGAUGGACGUAACUAUUCACUUCGCAAAGAAAAUUAUUAUUCAUGAAAAGUACAACGGAACCAGCUAUGAAAAUGACAUAGCUUUGAUUGAAUUGAAAAAACACUCAAGCCGAAAAGAAUGUGACCUGCCUAAUUCCAUCCCUGCCUGUGUCCCCUGGUCUUCAUAUCUAUUUCAACCUAACGACAAAUGCAUUGUUGCUGGCUGGGGUCGAGAAAAAGAUAACCAAAGAGUCUAUUUACUUAAGUGGGGUGAAGUUAGCCUAAUCAACAACUGCUCCAGGUUUUAUCCGGGUCGCUAUUUUGAAAAAGAAAUGGACUGUGCAGGUACAGAUGAUGGUUCCAUCGACUCCUGUAAAGGGGACUCCGGAGGCCCCUUAGUCUGUAAGGAUGUCAACAAUGUGACUUAUGUUUGGGGUGUUGUGAGUUGGGGUGAAAACUGCGGAAGACCAGAGUACCCAGGUGUUUACACCAAAGUGGCCAAUUAUUUUGACUGGAUUAGCCAUCAUGUGGGAAGGUCUCUUAUUUCUCAGUACAAUGUAUAAAACUGUGAUCUCUCUCUUCUGCUCUUUUUCUCUUGGGAGUUGGAUUUUAGUUGAAAUGAUACUGCAUAAUUAGUACUUCUCUAGGAAAAAAAUAAUAAAGCAUAUUUUAUUGGA